AUGGCCACAGCCUUGACUGUCAAAGAGCUGCUAGCUCGUAAUAGUGAGUAUGCCGAGGGGCAUCAGCGGAUUCCGACUUGGGAAGAAUUAGGUGCUGCUGGAGCACCACCACCACAGAUCCUGAUAAAAGCCUUGGUAUUCCGCACGACUGGUGCAGAAACCAAAUCUACCCUCCCUGGUAUUCUAGCACUCGACACCCUCGUCUCGCUCACAGAUAUACUUGUUGUCAAGCACACCGACUGUGGCGGUCUCGUAAUUCGCGAUGCCAAUGUUAAGAAACAGCUCUUGGAACUUGCACCAGGGUCGGAGGAUAAAAUCAAGGCAAUGCAAUUUGCAGAGAUCACGGGAACUCUCGAGGACAGUGCUGAAGAGGAAGUGGCUUUCUUAAAGAGCUCGGAGCUUUUGCGACCUGAACUCAAGGAGUGUAUUCGUGGCUAUGUGUGGAAUCUGGAGACAGGUGAUAUCAAAGCCACUGCGGUUGCAUUCUAG